AUGGACGAGCGGUAUAGGCUACAAGUACAGCCAGUUAUUGUGCCCCUUUUGAGACAACCACCACCCCAAAGUUCUCUAACGCGUUCCCCAGGCAUCUCUACCGCCACGUCGGGGCACAUAACCUUGGAAAUGGCGGACGUCAAGUCCAACACAGAUCUUGUGUCUAACAUUGAACCUCUCUACCAAGUCAAACUUCUCUCAGCUCUUCGCAGCGGAGACCCCGCCGCGAUCCACCCAUUCCUCACGGAAAUAAGCAAGGACAGACGACAGUCCACCGAUGGAGACCUAGACACGGGGGCAGCUGCGUUGCACCUAGCUGUACGCUGUGGAUCAACACAAACUGUGACCCUUCUGCUCUCCCACCGCGCUAUCUCGCCUAACGGCAUACACCCGCCGGGCUCUGGCACCACGCCCCUACACCUUGCUGCAUCAUUGGGUCGGCUUGAUAUCGUCAAUUUGUUAUUGGAGCAGGAAAACAUCGACGACAGCCUGCGAGACGCCCAUGGAAAGACGUGUCGGGAUGUGGCGAGGGGCAAGGACGUCAUUAGGGCCAUCGAUGAUUCGCGCUCUUUUCUGAAUGCAUCCUACCGGUCUCUUCUGCGAAGUUACAUCCUUUCUCCUUACGCCGAUUCGCCUUCUCCAGCUCUCGUCCAACUGCUCGAGUCGCCUCGGGUGAAAUUUGUGGAUCUGUCGUACCUGGACGACGACAGCGGCACGUCUCUGCUGCAUGAGGCUGCUCGGAGAAAGGACCUGCGCCUUAUUGAAAUUGCCGUUCGAGCCGGUGCAGAUGUUCGCGAACCAGACAAAACAUUAAUCCCUAAUACCGCGCCUUUGGCCGAGCCACCUCCGCUAAAAGGCUACUUGAACAAAUACACGAAUGUUGCAAAGGGUUACAGCACUCGAUGGUUCGUCCUCAAGAAUGGCGUUUUGUCCUACUACCGGCACCAGGAUGAUGAGACUAUUGCAAGCAGAGGAUCAAUAUCGAUGAAAACUGCCAUGUUACGGGUCGCAGAAAAGACUCGAUUCGAAGUUCACUCUCAGCCUUCUCGCGGGCACAAUCAUGCCGGCGCACAGAAGUGGUAUAUGAAGGCCAAUCACCCGGUCGAAGCGCACAGAUGGACACAAGCUAUUAAUGCAAGCAUCGAGUGGUACAAGCAGCGAGAAGGAGCAACGGAUAGCGAUGCCUCUUCCCUGAACCAGCGCCGCAAGAGCAUGGAAAGCGAUUCCAGUGGCAUCAGGACGACACCAUCAAUGCAUUCGCACAGCCUCUCUAACAAUAUCUGGAGGAAGAGCAACACCAGCAGCAUCGGCGGAGGUCGAGAACAAGAUUCCGUUGCAGAAUCCCAUUUCAAUACACCAGCAGAUUCAGCCUCGGCCAGCCCGAAACCCACCCCCGGCGACAGUCCUGUUGACGUGACAAACACCCACGAAAAUGACGCCGAAGACGAAGAUGACGAGGACUCAUCAUCUGCGGACUCAGAGAACAAGGCUCCUCCUCAUCCUGGUUUCGAGCUCACCGCCAACGCGACCUCGGCGCAGCUCGAACUGACAUCACAGUUGCUGGGCAACCUUAUUCUACCUGCGGAUGCCUCUGGCAAAGCGCGGGAAACGCGAGGCGCCAUUCGAGACUCCCUCGUCACGACACAGAACCUGCUGAACGAAUAUCUUCAAAUGGCACGCGAACGAGAGGAAUGGUGGGCCCGACAACUGAAGAAAGAGCGGGCGAGGCAGCAGUUCUGGGAAGAGAGCUUAGCAGUGGUGGUAAGGGAGGGCGAGACGCUCGAGCAGGAGUUGAGGACGCGAAGUCGCAGAAGAGGGAGCAGGGUUUUUGGUCCAAGCGCACCUGGCACGAUCAAGAGCCUAAAGGACCUCAGACCUUCGGUUCUUGGGACAUCGACCCUAAGAGGGGUUCCUGCUCCGCUAGUGGAGGAACCUCCAUCACCAGUGCCCGAUUCAUCGCCACCGCCUUCUGCUAUCACCGCUACGCAGUCAACCUUCCCCCAUAAACCGGCACCACCCAUCCAUCCUUCUUCCAGUGCUGCGCUAGCAGGUCUGUCUGUCCCGGCAACCAGAAAGUCGCCGUCAAGGAGCGCUACGCAAGAAACGAUAGUCAUCCCACGGAUAUCUGUCAACGAGGUCAAGACCAAGCUCGACGUGCCGACACCAGACGACUACGAUUACGAUACGGACGAGGAGGACGAGUUCUUUGACGCCAUCGAGUCGGGAAAUUUACCGAACCUUGUUGUGCAUGAGGGCCUGGCCAGUCCGUCCACUGCCUCCAUGAUGACUCCACCUGUGGGCAAAGACUCUCCAUUAGCAGCCGACGUUCUACAUGCCAUCGCGAAUUUGAAAACACCACUGCCGAAGGUGAUGAACUUGGAGCCAUAUGCAGGAUAUGCACACCUACGGAGUCGGUUGGCGAUUCGAGACGACGAACGCCCCAGUACGAGUUUGUGGAGUGUGUUGAAGCACAGUAUUGGGAAGGACUUGACCAAGAUCAGUUUUCCCGUGUUCUUCAACGAGCCGACAAGUAUGUUGCAGCGUAUGGCCGAGGAUAUGGAAUUUUCGGAAUGCUUGGAUGUCGCUGCCAAGGAGCAAGACCCUCUUCGUCGUAUCGCAUUUGUAGCAGCCUUUGCGAUGUCCAACUAUUCUUCAACCAUUGGACGCAUCGCGAAACCUUUUAAUCCCAUGCUGAGCGAAACCUUCGAAUACGUUCGUCUAGACAAGCAAUAUAGAUAUGUAUCCGAACAAGUCAGCCACCACCCUCCUAUUUCUGCAUGUUGGGCCGAGUCGCCUUCGUGGCAUUACUAUGGCGAGGUCGAUGCGCAGAACAAGUUCAUGGGCAAAUCGUUCGAGAUUAGGCCUACUGGUGUUGCCCAUGCCGAUCUGCUGCUACCUGAAGAGAUGGCGCCCGAUUACCCCGCUUAUGAAGGAAAGUUAGGCAAAGGCAAGGUCGUCGAACACUACAGCUGGAAGAAGGUCACCACGAACGUCUCUGGCUUUAUUCUCGGCUCGCCCACAAUCGAUCAUUAUGGCGAUAUGGUGGUCAGGAAUCAUAGGACUGGCGAUCAAUGCAUACUGACCUUUAAACCUCGAGGAUGGCGAGGCAAAGAUGCAUACGAAAUCUCGGGCCAGGUUCUUGAUCAUCGCAGCAGGGUUGCUUACGAAAUUGCUGGCCGAUGGAAUUCGCAGCUUGUCGCCAAGCAGGUUGGUGGUCAAGGCCAAUUACACCCAGAUAUCUCGGUCUCGGAGCCCAACUCCCCCUCCGCCUCUCCCGAAUACAUCCUCCUUUGGCGAAACUCGGACAAAAUUCCGGGAAGUCCAUUCAAUCUCACCCCUUUUGCGAUCACUUUGAACGACUGCCCUCAAGAGUCGCUUCGUCCAUUCAUCUGCCCGACGGAUUGUCGCUUACGACCAGACCAACGUGCGUUCGAGCUUGGCAAGUAUGAGCUCGCCAAUGGACUCAAACACGAUCAAGAGGAGAAGCAGCGCGCCAUUAGGAGAGCUCGCGAGGAAGGCGAACUACCACCUCAUCGACCACGGUGGUUCGUUGCUGAGACGGAUGGUGAUACAGGCGACCGCGUUUGGACACCAGUGCGGACAGCUGAUCAUAUGCUGGAGUACUGGGUUGAACGCGAGAGGGUGUGGAGUCUAGGCGGGAACCAGAAGUGGAAAGAGGUGGAUGAUAUCUUUAUCGACGAACCCCAAGAGGUCACGCAGCUGCUGCGCUCCAAGUAG